UCAUCAUCUCCACAGCCACAAGCACCAGCAACAGACAGUAGCUUCAAGAGCCAGGAUCAUCUGUGAUCUAAUGGUGUCCAUGAACCUCUACUCCUUGGCGCUGGUGGUGGUCGCCCUGGUGGCGGCGCCGAUGGCCGCAGUGGCCGGCGACCCAGACAUCCUCACCGACUUCAUCGUGCCGGCGCCUAUGGUCGGCAUGCCCAUGAACAUCACCGGCGACUACUUCACCUACACCGGCUUCCACCCGUCCCUGCCGCUGCCGCUGCCGACCUUCACGCUCACCAAGGCCUCCAUGGCGGAGUUCCCCGCGCUCAACGGGCAAAGCGUGUCGUACGCCAGGCUCGUGUUCCCGCCGGGCACCGUGAACCCGACCCACACCCACCCGCGCGCCUCCGAGCUGCUGCUCGUCCUCGACGGUGCCCUCUCCGUCGGCUUCGUCGACACCGCCGGCAAGCUCUACACCAAGGACCUCGUCACCGGCGACAUGUUCAUCUUCCCCAAGGGCCUCGUGCACUACCAGUACAACCAGGGGACAACGAUCGCCGUGGCGCUCUCGGCAUUCGGCAGCGCCAACGCCGGCACCGUGUCCGUGCCCGUCACCGUGUUCGGAACCGGCGUCGACGACGCCGUGCUCGCCAAGUCGUUCAAGACCGACCUGCCCACCAUCCAGAAGCUCAAGGCGGCGCUCACCCCGCCCAAGAAAUAAGCCCGUCCGUGUCUCGUGCCGCAUGUUUGGUGUUGUUGUCCGCCGUGUUGUGUUUUUGAAUUUGUUUUGCUUGUUGGAAACCUACCUGCCGAGCAACGCAGGC